AUGAUGCGGGAAAAAAAGUUGCAGCAGUGCANAACAUCCACAUGUAAAAGUCACACUUCGUCUGUUCCAUUGGAAAAUUCGACUUCUCACUGUGAAGCUGCUCCUCUCCAAAAAGCUACUAUCGAAAAUGAAGCAUCUCUAACUAAGGAAUGCACUCAAAUCAAUUGUUCAAAAGUUAAAAAAAGACGAUAUGAUGAAGAAUAUUUAUCUUUUGGAUUUAUUCCCAUUGGAAUUGACACGUUUCCUGAUAUGAGGUGCGUAGUUUGUGAGAAAGUUCUCAGUAACAGUUCUUUGGCUCCUGCGAAGCUAAAGCGACAUUUGGAAUCUAACCAUCCAAAUCUGAAAGGGAUAAGUCCGGAUUUCUUUAGAAUGAAGAAAGACAUUUCAAUUGAAAGUGCGACUUCUCUUACUACCUAUGUAAAAGACGAAAAUGAGAAAAACACGGAGGCUUCAUUUAUAUUGAGUUAUAAUAUUGCACGUGUCGGAAAACCUCACACCAUUGCCGAAAGUUUGAUUAAACCUAGUAUGAUAGAAGUGGUCUCUUGUAUUCUUGGAGAUGAUGCGGGAAAAAAAGUUGCAGCAGUGCAGUGCUCAAACAAUACCAUUUCUGAUCGAAUUCAUAAAAUUUCUGACCACAUUGAAGAUGAAUUUGUUUUCAGAUUAAUUAACUGUAACCAAUUUUCUUUACAAAUGGACGAAAGCACCGAUGUUUCUGGGUUGUCCAUACUAAUUGUUUUUGCUAGGUAUGCUCAUGAGAAAACCAUUCAAGAAGGAUUGCUUAUUUGUGAAAGUUUGGAAACGCAUACCACAGGAGAAGACAUUUUUGAAGUGGUAAAUAAAUACUUUAAAAAAAAAAAAAUUUCCUGGCAAAAAUGUGUGGACGUAUGCACGGAUAGUGCUGCUGCAAUGGUUGGAAAGAUAAAAGGUGUAAUAACUAGAAUUAAAGAGGNCAACCUGAAUAAAUUCUUAUAUGAAAAUGAAAGCUCAGUGACACCGAUAAAUGCAGAAAAAAUAAAAGACCAUUUAAUUAGUUUAAAAUCUGGAUUACUUUCCUACUUUCCAAGAUUAAAUGAAAAUUUUGAUAAAUUGUGGGUACAAAAUCCAUUUUUAAUUCAGAAAAAGUCAAAAGUACUUUCAUCAAAUGAAUACGAAAGUUUGCUUGAAAUAAAAUCUUCUUCUGAAUUGAAAAUUAAGUUCGAGUCACUUGAAAUUGAGGAGUUCUGGAUUGCCAUGGAAAGUGAUUACGAACAAUUGUCCAUAAAAGCUGUCACCAUUUUAUUGCCAUUUCCAACUUCCUACUUGUGUGAAACUGGCUUUUCAGCGUAUACAAAGACCAAGAAUAAGUUUCGAAAUCAACUGAACGCAGCUCCGGACUUACGAAUCCAACUCUCAGGAAUAACUCCAGAUUUAAAAAAAGUUAUGAAGCAAACUAUGCAAAGAUUCCAAUCUUCUCAUUGA